UAAAAAAGAUGCUUACCAAAUCUUCAGAAGUGAAGCCUUGCCCUCUUCUUGUUCAAGGACCCUUGAACAAGAAGAAGUCUGAGCUCCAAGAAUUGAAAGAGCUAGCUCUUUCAAUUUUGGACGCAGAGAGUUCUUCAAGUGGGGUCCAGAGAAAGGAGAGGAAGGCGGAGCUGAAGCAGAAGAAGAAAAUCAAAACAAGUACUAAGAAGCAAGGAAGCCCCAAAAAGAGAGAUGAUAAAUUUAAAAGAAAGCUCAGGGAGUUAUUAGAGCACCAUAACCCUGAUCCUUCUCUCAAACCUCCUCAAGAGACUUCUCAGAACAAGUUAUGAGCAGACACUUCUAAACCUAGUAAAUGAAACCAGCCGGCGGCUGGUUUCGAGAAGAUUGGAGAAGUCUAUUUCAAGACUUCUCUUUUAGAGGAAGAGUUCAAAUUCUACAAUUCCAGUUGCUCUCAGCGCGAAUAAGCGCCAAAGCUCUGGUUAAGCCAGACAAUGGGUAUUAACUUAUAUAAUAUUCCAAAACUUUCAUCAC